CUCCCCCCCUCCCCCCCUGUGUCCAGGCUGCUCCACGGGUAUGAACGCGCCGCUGCUCACGGCCAUCUCCCACCUCAGCGGCGGCGAGCUGAUCACACAGCAGCACCUCCUGCAGCUAACGCAGCACCUGCACCCGCAGCAGCAGCAGGCUGGCGCCACCGCCUCUGCUGCAUUCCAACCAGACGGCAGCAGCAGCAGCAGCAGUGGUUUUGGAAACACGUCGCUGCUGUGUCGUCAGCUGAGCGGGUGUCUGAGUCGCGUGUGGGGGUCAGGGGGGCGGCUGGACUGCUACUGCAGCGAGGGGCUGCGGCUGCUGCAGUGGCUGGGGCCGCUGGAGGCGCUGUCGGACCAAGAUGACGUCCCCCACAUCCCCGCCUCAGCGCCCCCCGCCGCCACCACCGCCACCACCGCCACCCCAGUAGCACCCACCCAGUCGGGACCCAGCGCCGCAGCAGCAGCAGCCGCGGCACCCUACGGCCACCCCCACCCCGCCGCCACCACUACCACCCCUCCUCCUGCACCGCCUCCCCCACCACCCCCACCCACCGCAUCUGCCCCCUCCACGGACCCCAGGACCACCCCCCUGGGGGCCGCUGCUGCUGCUGCUGCUGCCGGCGGUGCCCCCACCCCCACCCCUCCUCCACCUACACCCAACCCCACCACCCCCGCCAGCCCCAGCAGCAGUCCCUGGCGUCUGUCCCCCACCGCCUGUGCGGUUGCGGGAGUGGAGGCGGGCCGGGGCGCCUCGCUGCGGCUGGAGGUGACUCGGGACCUGGAGGGGGUGCCCUCGCUGUUCCUGCAGGUUGCCUUCCACUUCCUGGACCUGCGCUCCCGGCGUCAGGUGGUGCGGGUGGUGACUCGCCGGCUGGGGGUGGUGGAGAGCCGCGGGGAGUUCCUGCGGGGGGUGAACCCCACUGCGGCGGCGGCGCUGCUGGGCAGGCGGGCGGCACUGGAGGCGAAGAAGGCGGGGGCGUUCAGGGACGCCCGGCGCGCGGAGGAGGCCCGCCUGUCCCUGGCGGCCCAGCUGGGGUUGGUGGCGGCUCGGUGCGGCAGGGAGGUGCAGACCUCCCGCGGUGUGCUGGGCUUCGGCGCCCGCAAGGCCCACCAGUGGCCCCCCGAGCUCAUGCCGCUCGCAUACGCCCUCUACCACCUCGCACGGGGGCCCAUCCUAGCCCCCCCGCGCUCCCCCGCCGCCGCCGCCGCCACCGGGCUGCUCUCCCCCGCCGCCGCCGCCCUCCUCUCAGCCGGUGCCCACCCGCACCAACACGCGCUCUGGGACUGCGACCUGCGCCUGACCGCCAGCAACGCCUUGCUCCGGUCGGCGUGGGGGGACGCCUACCGGGCCAUGGCGCCCAAGUUGUUUGCAGUACUGCCACAGCAGCAGCAGCAACAGCCAUUGGAUGGCGCCAGUACGGCAGCAGCAGCGGGGGUUGGUAAUGUCGUACAGUUGGCAGCGUUGCCGUGUGUGAGCCUGGCGGCAGUGAUGGCACGUACCGUACCGUUGCUGCUUGACGUGGGGACCGCCGUACUGGUUAGUCCUACGGAGGAGCCCUCACCGGGGGGGGAUGGCAGGGGUAGCAGCGGUGGUGGUGGUGGUGGUGGUGGUGAGCUGACGGCGGCUCUGAUUGACGCAGCGCUGCAGGCCGCCUCCGCGGGCUCCCUGUGCGGUCGCUUCCCGGUUCCCGCUGUCGUACUGACGCCCCAUGCGCAGACUGGCCGGGGUGCGCUGGCUGCCCGGCUGAUUCCCGUGCACCGGGACGGGUACGAGGAGCAGGCGCUGCAGCAGCCGCAGCUGCAGCAGCUGGGACCGCAGGUGGCGGAGCAGCUGUCGAAGCAGCUGAGGGAGGGGGCGGCGGUGGAGGUGGGGGGGCUGCCGCCGGCGGUGGCGAAGCAGGCGGCGGCGGUGGCGGGUGCGAGCUUUGUGGAGUGGUGUCGGUGUGUGAAUGUGCAGCCCUUUCCGGUGAAGGUUUAGUGCGGGGUGUUUGGACGGAAG